AUGAUCAGUCUUAACGCAGGAUUCCUAUUUGCCCUGGUUGGCAGUGCCAUCGGAUCUCCAGUCGAAGUACGGCAGCAAAGUCUCGCCAGCUCUAUCCAGAAUGACUUGCAGGUUAAAGACUGCAAGGGAAUGACAGUAAUCUUCGCCAGAGGAACAACAGAGUCUGGAAAUGUUGGAACACUCGCCGGUCCCCCUUUCUUCCAGGCACUGUCGAAAAUGGUUGGUGGUGACCUAGCCGUCCAAGGCGUUGACUAUCCGGCCGAUAUACCAGGCUUCCUCGCGGGGGGUGAUGCCAACGGAAGCAAGUUGAUGGCUCAACUCGUCCAGCAAGCCAUGCAAGAUUGCCCCAACACAAAAGUUGUCAUGGCUGGUUACUCCCAAGGCGGGCAGCUUGUACACAACGCCGCACAGCAGCUUCCAACCGCCACAGCCCAGAAAGUUUCAUCGGCUGUCAUCUUUGGAGAUCCAAACAACGGCGAUGCUGUCAAGGGUGUCUCUGCGGAUCAGACUAAGGUCAUCUGUCAUACAGGAGACAACAUCUGCGACGGUGGCACUCUCAUCCUGACACCUCACUUGACCUAUGGCUCCGAUGCAAACGAAGCAGCAGCGUUCGCUGCGACAACUGCUGGAAUGGCAUAG